AUGGCCGCCUCUCCGACCACCCUGGGGAAGCUACCUGUGGUGCGCUGUCGGCUGCUGCAGCGCUACGAGCACCAGCCCUUUGUCUCGUGCCUGGCCGGCCUCUAUGGCUGUCAAUGGAGACGCUACCAGAGGACCCGCGCCACGCCAGGAGACUGCUGCUGCAGCAAGGUCAGGGAGGUCAGGGGUCAAACAGGGACUGGGGGGAUUGAGUUCCCAAAGUGAGAUCAUUUGAUGUGAAAAGUUGUUUUUGUUUGUUGAAAAUCUGGUCAUUUCACAGGAUUGUUUUACACUCCUGACAGAGACUAUACACACACACACACUACUACUACUACUACUACACUGUACUCUCUCUCUCACACGCACACAUGCAUGCGUGCCCACACACACGUUCUCUUUCUCUCCCUCACUCUGUCAAUAUCUCUUUCUUUCAUGGCUUACAUCAUUUUUACUGUCACAGUUUUACAAUCACUGUUUAGCCAGUAAGGAGCUUUUCCUGCAUUCCUCCCUCUCCUCAGAGUUCAAAGUGCACUCCCUCAAUUGUAUGGAAAGCAUUCUAGGCAAUAAACACAAACAUUCACACGUUUCGAAUUUCCCAGCCCUGUCAAAGAAUAGCACUCUCUUAUGUUUUGUAAGAGCAUUUAAAGGAAAAUUCCACCCCAAAACUAUCUUUUGGUAUAUAUACAGAAAUACAGCCGGUAUGACGCAUUUUGCAUCAUAUGAUGCAAAACGCAACAUCAUAUGAUGAAAAAUGCGUCAUACCGCCUGUAUUUCUAUAUUUUGAAAGUUAUAUAUCUUGAAAACUUGAUUGCUGACAUGGAAAACAUUUUGGGACUAUAGCAACAAUGGGCUAAUGAGAGAAAAAAAAAUAAAAAAUGGGCUAAUGAAACAAAUACCAAAAGAUAGUUUCUGGGUGAAGUUUUCCUUUUAAUGCUGCAAAACAACAACUUGCUGUGUGACAGUCCAUUGAGUAAUGUUAGCCCAGGCUUGAGUUAUUUACCUCAUAUGUCGGGGGCAAACACAAAUAGAAGUGAAAAUGGUUUGGCGAAAGUAGUGGUUCUGGCCGUGAAUCCCUGCCUUGCCACCAAGAUGUUGUGGGUUCAAUCCUCAUCACUGGUAAUUACUUGUUAGUGUACAUUUCCAUGCCUACAGUAUAUGGGUUAUGAAUUUGUUAUGUAGUCACUAUGUGGGACUUAUUGUGUUUCUCUCCCCUGCAGUUGGAGUGUGCCAGCUUUGCGCUCCUCAUCGUGACGUUCUGUCUCACGCUGGUCUUCCUCUACUUCUGGAGUGAAGCUCAGAAUGACUACAAUGAUUUUGACUGGUAGGUCUGACUAUUACAUACAGUGAGGGAAAAAAGUAUUUGAUCCCCUGCUGAUUUUGUACGUUUGCCCAAUGACAAAGAAAUGAUCAGUCUAUAAUUUUAAUGGUAGGUUUAUUUGAACAGUGAGAGACAGAAUAACAACAAAAACAUCCAGAAAAACGCAUGUCAAAAAUGUUAUCAAUUGAUUUACAUUUUAAUGAGGGAAAUAAGUAUUUGACCCCCUCGCAAUCAGAAAGAUUUCUGGCUCCCAGGUGUCUUUUAUACAGACAUUUACAUUUACAUUUACGUCAUUUAGCAGACGCUCUUAUCCAGAGCGACUUACAAAUUGGUGCAUUCACCCUAUAGCCAGUGGGAUAACCACUUUACAAUUGUUAUUUUAUUUUAUUUUAUUUAUUUAUUUAUUUUUUUUGGGGGGGGGGGGGGUAGAAGGAUUACUUUAUCCUAUCCCAGGUAUUCCUUAAAGAGGUGGGGUUUCAAAUGUCUCCGGAAGGUGGUGAGUGACUCCGCUGUCCUGGCGUCAUGAGGGAGCUUGUUCCACCAUUGGGGUGCCAGAGCAGCGAACAGUUUUGACUGGGCUGAGCGGGAACUAUGCUUCCGCAGAGGAAGGGGAGCCAGCAGGCCAGAGGUGGAUGAACGCAAUGCCCUCGUUUGGGUGUAGGGACUGAUCAGAGCCUGAAGGUACGGAGGUGCCGUUCCCCUCACAGCUCCAUAGGCAAGCACCAUGGUCUUGUAACAGAUGCGAGCUUCAACUGGAAGCCAGUGGAGUGUGCGGAGGAGCGGGGUGACGUGAGAGAACUUGGGAAGGUUGAACACCAGACGGGCUGCGGCAUUCUGGAUGAGUUGUAGGGGUUUAAUGGCACAGGCAGGGAGCCCAGCCAACAGCGAGUUGCAGUAAUCCAGAUGGGAGAUGACAAGUGCCUGGAUUAGGACGUGUGCCGCUUCCUGUGUAAGGCAGGGUCGUACUCUCCGAAUGUUGUAGAGCAUGAACCUGCAGGAUCGGGUCACCGCCUUGAUGUUAGCGGAGAACGACAGGGUGUUGUCCAGGGUCACGCCAAGGCUCUUCGCACUCUGGGAGGAGGACACAACGGAGUUGUCAACCGUGAUGGCGAGAUCAUGGAACGGGCAGUCCUUCCCCGGGAGGAAGAGCAGCUCCGUCUUGCCAGGGUUCAGCUUGAGGUGGUGAUCCGUCAUCCAUACUGAUAUGUCUGCCAGACAUGCAGAGAUGCGAUUCGCCACCUGGUUAUCAGAAGGGGGAAAGGAGAAGAUUAGUUGUGUAUCGUCAGCGUAGCAAUGAUAGGAGAGGCCAUGUGAGGAUAUGACAGAGCCAAGUGACUUGGUGUAUAGGGAGAAUAGGAGAGGGCCUAGAACUGAGCCCUGGGGGACACCAGUGGUGAGAGCACGUGGUGCGGAGACAGCUUCUCGCCACGCCACUUGGUAGGAGCGACCGGUCAGGUAGGACGCAAUCCAGGAGUGAGCCGCGCCGGAGAGGGUGGAGAGGAGGAUCUGAUGGUUCACAGUAUCAAAGGCAGCAGACAGGUCUAGAAGGACAAGAGCAGAGGAGAGAGAGUUAGCUUUAGCAGUGCGGAGAGCCUCCGUGACACAGAGAAGAGCAGUCUCAGUUGAAUGACCAGUCCUGAAACCUGACUGGUUUGGAUCAAGAAGGUCAUUCUGAGAGAGAUAGCAAGAGAGUUGGCUAAAGACGGCACGCUCAAUAGUUUUGGAAAGAAAAGAAAGAAGGGAUACUGGUCUGUAGUUGUUGACAUCAGUGGGAUCGAGUGUUGGUUUUUUGAGAAGGGGUGCAACUCUCGCUCUCUUGAAGACGGAAGGGACAUAGCCAGCGGUCAAGGAUGAGUUGAUCAGCGAGGUGAGGUAGGGGAGAAGGUCACCGGAGAUGGUCUGGAGAAGAGAGGAGGGGAUGGGGUCAAGCGGGCAGGUUGUUGGGCGGCCUGCAGUCACAAGUCGCAAUAUUUUAUCUGGAGAGAGAGGGGAGAAAGAAGUCAAAGCAUAGGGUAGGGCAGUGUGAGCAGGACCAGCAGUGUCAUUAGACUUAACAAACGAUGAUCGGAUGUCGUCAACCUUCUUUUCAAAGUGGUUGACAAAGUCAUCCACAGAGAGGGAGGAGGGGGGGGGGGGGGGGGGUGGGGGGGAGGAUUCAGCAGUGAGGAGAAUGUGGCAAAGAGCUUCCUAGGGUUAGAGGCAGAUGCUUGGAAUUUAGAGUGGUAGAAAGUGGCCUUAGCAGCAGACACAGAUGAAGAAAAUGUAGAGAGGAGGGAGUGAAAAGAUGCCAGGUCGGCAGGGAGUUUAGUUUUCUUCCAUUUCCGCUCAGCUGCCCGGAGCUCUGUUCUGUGAGCUCGCAAUGAGUCAUCAAGCCACGGAGCUGGAGGGGAGGACCGAGCCGGCCGGGAGGAUAGGGGACACAGGGAGUCAAAGGAUGCAGAAAGGGAGGAGAGGAGGGUUGAGGAGGCAGAAUCAGGAGAUUGGAGGGAGAAGGAUUGAGCAGAGGGAAGAGAUGAUAGGAUGGAAGAGGAGAGAGUAGUGGGAGAGAGAGAGCGAAGGUUGCGGCGGCGCAUUACCAUCUGUGUAGGGGCAGAGUGAGUAGUGUUGGAGGAGAGCGAGAGAGAAAAGGAUACAAAGUAGUGGUCGGAGACAUGGAGGGGAGUUGCAGUGAGAUUAGUAGAAGAGCAGCAUCUAGUAAAGAUGAGGUCAAGCGUAUUGCCUGCCUUGUGAGUAGGGGGGGACGGUGAGAGGGUGAGGUCAAAAGAGGAGAGGAGUGGAAAGAAGGAGGCAGAGAGAAAUGAGUCAAAUGUAGACGUAGGGAGGUUGAAAUCCCCCAAAACUGUGAGGGGUGAGCCAUCCUCAGGAAAGGAACUUAUCAAGGCGUCAAGCUCAUUGAUGAACUCUCCAAGGGAACCUGGAGGGCGAUAGAUGACAAGGAUAUUAAGCUUAAAUGGGCUAGUGACUGUGACAGCAUGGAAUUCAAAUGAGGAGAUAGACAGAUGGGUUAGGGGAAAAAUUGAGAAUGACCACUUGGGAGAGAUGAGGAUUCCUGUGCCACCACCUCUCUGACCAGAUGCUCUCGGGGUAUGCGAGAACACAUGGUCAGACGAGGAGAGAGCAGUAGGAGUAGCAGUGUUUUCAGUGGUAAUCCAUGUUUCCGUCAGCGCCAGGAAGUCGAGGGACUGGAGGGUAGCAUAGGCUGGGAUGAAGUCAGCCUUGUUGGCAGCAGAACGGCAGUUCCAGAGGCUGCCUGAGACCUGGAACUCCAGGUGUGUGGUGCGUGCAGGGACCACCAGGUUAGAGAGGCAGCAGCCACGCGGUGUGAGGCGUUUGUGUAGCCUGUGCGGAGAGGAGAGAACAGGGAUAGGCAGAGGCAUAGUUGACAGGCUGUAGCAGAUGGCUACAAUAAUGCAGAGGAGAUCGGAAUGAAAUGAACUAAACAUCUGGGAAAGGAGAGAGCAGGGCCUCCCUCACCAAAAAACUCCCAAAUAUAACUCUCCCAACUUCCACCUCAGAAACUAUAAUUGUUUCACUGAACCACCCGAAUAAAACUCUCCCAACUUCCACUUUAGAAAUUAGAAUUGUUGUAAACUACAGCGGUUCAAUGUUUCAAGGAAUAGACUCAACUUACUUUAUUCAGCUAGCUAACUAUGACGCCAUAGCUAACUAGCAUGCUAGCAUCCAAUAACACACAGUUUAGCACCAAUACUUGGUUACAACAAACUACCAAUAGUGUGUUAACACACUAAACAGAUAAUUCGUGUCCGUGUCUAGUUCCUUUCAUAACGCAGCAAUAAUUAAACGUUGGCUAGCUAGCACAAAGAUAUUGUAUUUAGCUGCUACAGUACAGCUAGCUGGUAGUGUUGGCUAGCUAGCAAUGGCUGCUGUGUUAACUUAGUUUGAAAAACGGCGUCGCUGCGAACGAAUGUAGCUGGCUAAAAGGAUAUUGUAUUUAGUUGCUACCGUUGCUAAUAGCUACUCGCCAGCUAGUCCAGGAGGUGAGUUAGCUAGCUAGCUUCGUGCUACACCCGGCACCGCCGAAUACAAUCCUAACCUACAAUAACUACAUACAACAACUACCCACGACACACUCUUAAAGGGAGUGCUCCUAAUCUCAGUUUGUUACCUGUAUAAAAGACACCUGUCCACAGAAGCAAUCAAUCAAUCAGAUUCCAAACUCUCCACCAUGGCCAAGACCAAAGAGCUCUCCAAGGAUGUCAGGGACAAGAUUGUAGACCUACACAAGGCUGGAAUGGGCUACAAGACCAUCGCCAAGCAGCUUGGUGAGAAGGUGACAACAGUUGGUGCGAUUAUUCGCAAAUGGAAGAAACACAAAACACUGUCAAUCUCCCUCGGCCUUGGGCUCCAUGCAAAAUCUCACCUCGUGGAGUUGCAAUGAUCAUGAGAACGGUGAGGAAUCAGCCCAGAACUACACGGGAGGAUCUUGUCAAUGAUCUCAAGGCAGCUGAGACCAUAGUCACCAAGAAAACAAUUGGUAACACACUACGCCGUGAAGGACUGAAAUCCUGCAGCGCCCGCAAGGUCCCCCUGCUCAAGAAAGCACAUAUACAGGCCAAUCUGAAGUUUCCAAUGAACAUCUGAAUGAUUCAGAGGAGAACUGGGUGAAAGUGUUGUGGUCAGAUGAGACCAAAAUCGAGCUCUUUGGCAUCAACUCAACUCGCCGUUUUUGGAGGAGGAGGAAUGCUGCCUAUGACCCCAAGAACAUCAUCCCCACCGUCAAACAUGGAGGUGGAAACAUUAUGCUUUGGAGGUGUUUUUCUGCUAAGGGGACAGGACAACUUCACCGCAUCAAAGGGACGAUGGACGGGGCCAUGUACCGUCAAAUCUUGGGUGAGAACCUCCUUCCCUCAGCCAGGGCAUUGAAAAUGGGUCGUGGAUGGGUAUUCCAGCAUGACAAUGACCCAAAACACACGGCCAAGGCAACAAAGGAGUGGCUCAAGAAGAAGCACAUUAAGGUCCUGGAGUGGCCUAGCCAGUCUCCAGACCUUAAUCACAUAGAAAAUCUGUGGAGGGAGCUGAAGGUUCGAGUUCCCAAACUUCAGCCUCGAAACCUUAAUGACUUGGAGAAGAUCUGCAAAGAGGAGUGGGACAAAAUCCCUCCUGAGAUGGAUGCAAACCUGGUGGCCAACUACAAGAAACGUCUGACCUCUGUGAUUGCCAACAAGGGUUUUGCCACCAAGUACUAAAUCAUGUUUUGCAGAGGGGUCAAAUACUUAUUUCCCUCAUUAAAAUGCAAAUCAAUUGAUAACAUUUUUGACAUGCGUUUUUCUGGAUUUUGUUGUUGUUAUUCUGUCUCUGACUGUUCAAAUAAACCUACCAUUAAAAUUAUAGACUGAUCCUGUAUUUGUCAGUGGGCAAACGUACAAAAUCAACAGGGGAUCAAAUACUUUUUUCCCUCACUGUAUCCACAAUGUAAUGUAAACACACAUCUAAGUAUGAACAAGCAUGCAAAUAUAUAAGGACUCACACACGUGCAAGGCCAGACCACAGCUCUGUGGCAGGUAGCAGCAGGAGUAUCUCAUUGAGAUUCAGGUGUGUUCCUGUCAGGAGAAUCUCCUGCAUCACAUUAACAACAUUACCUCCUACUGAAUAGCCACACCUAUUGUCUCUCUGGUGCUCACUCUGGAACUCCUUCUCUCUCACUAGCCUUGUUUAUACCUGGUGUGUGUCCUGAUCUUGUCCACAUUCAAAUUGUGCUCACAUUUUCAGACAUGCGUCUACACUAGGGCUGUGGCAGUCAUGAAAUUUUGUCAGCCGGUUAUUGUUAUGCAAAUGAGUGCCGGUCUCACGGUAAUUGUCCUUUAUUUAAUAUAAACAUGUUUAGUAUCUCCAGGCCUCCACGCAAACAAGCCUCUGAUGCACGCCUUAGGGACAUCUAUAUUUAAAAAAAGUAUAAUAAAUCAAUUUAAUAUACAUGAUCACAAUAAAUCCAUUAUUUAUUUUAGACAGGAAUAAAGAAAUAUGAUAUGAAGAAAAUGUAUUUCAGAAGAAGCGAAUGAGUCGGCCUACUGUAUGUUAUCUGGCUAUGCGCCGUGCCAUAGGCUGUAGGCUAGUUCAUUUAGCUGACAAGAUAUGCUUAUAAGUCCCGUGACACUAUUUUAUAUUCAAUGAUUUUUUAAAAUAUGUUUGAGAACAAGUUCUCAUUUACAACUGCGACCUGGCCAAGAUAAAGCAAAAGCAGUGUGAUAAAAACAACACAGAGUUACACAUGGGAUAAACAAAACAUACAGUCAAUAACACAAUAUAAAAUCUAUAUACAGUGUGUGCAAAUGUAGUAAGUUAUGGAGGUAAGGCAAUAAAUAGGCCAUAGUGCAAAAUAAUUACAAUGUAGUAUUAACACUGGAGUGAUAGAGAUACUGGGGUGCAAAUUAGCAAAAUAAAUAACAAUAUGGGGAGGAUGAGGUAAUUGGGUGGGCUCAAUUACAGAUGGGCUGUGUACAGGUGCAGUGAUCGGUAAGUUGCUCUGACAACUGAUGCUUAAAGUUAGUGAGGGAGAUAAGAGUCUCCAGCUUCAGAGAUUUUUGCAGUUCGUUCCAGUCAUUAGCAGCAGAGAACUGGAAGGAAUGGCGGCCAAAGGAGGUGUUGGCUUUGGGGAUGACCAGUGAGAUAUACCUGCUGGAGCGCAUACUACGGGUGGGUGUUGCUAUGGUGACCAAUGAGCUAAGAUAAGGCGGGGAUUUGCCUAGCAGAGAUUUAUAGAUGGCCUGGAGCCAGUGGGUUUGGCGACGAAUAUGUAGUGAGGGCCAGCCAACGAGAGCGUACAGGUCACAAUGGUGGGUAGUAUAUGGGUCUUUGGUGAUAGACUAUAUCCAAUUUGCUGAGUAGAGUGUUGGAGGCUAUUUUGUAAAUGACAUCGCCGAAGUCAAGGAUCGGUAGGAUAGUCAGUUUUACGAGGGCAUGUUUGGCAGCAUGAGUGAAGGAGGUUUUGUUGCGAAAUAGGAAGCCGAUUCUAGAUUUCACUUUGGAUUGGAGAUGCUUAAUGUGAGUCUGGAAGGAGAGUUUACGGUCUAACCAGACACUUAGGUAUUUGUAGUUGUCCACAUAUUCUAAGUCAGACCUGCCAAGAGUAGUGAUUCUAGUCGGGCGGGCGGGUGCAAGCAGCGUUCGAUUGAAGAGCAUGCAUUUAGUUUUACUAGCGUUUAAGAGCAGUUGGAGGCUACGGAAGGAUUGUGGAAAUGUCUGGGCUUAUUAGAACACUUCUUUCUUUUCACACAUCAACCACUGUUUGAGGAGCAUGCAGGCUCUCGCUGUGCGACAGUUGAUAUUCCACCCAAACUCUGUAUGCCAUGGGCUCUCCAACCAUGUUCCUACAGCUACCCAGUGCUUAAUUUGGGAGAAAACCAAGUGAAAUAUGUUCAGGAACAUCGAUAUUAACAUGUUUUCACAACGAAACAUAUUUAAUUAAACUGUUGACAGCCCCCAUCUCUGCACGCUUCAGAAAUAAAUAAGGAGAGAGAGGAGGAGAUAUUCUGUAGCUAAAGGUAAUGUCAGCAUAUUAAUUAUGAAAAUAUAAAAAAUUCCCUAUUACUAGGCUAUUCAAAAUCAAAUACAAAUUCACUAUAAUUGUAGGCUAACUCUGGAAGCUGCACUGCACAAUCAAUGAACCAACAGCAUUGCCUAGGCCUAUAUGUUCUCUCCCAGACUCAUGGAUAAAAAGUUUGGAGCAUAGCACAAGUUAACAAGUCCAUCCAGUAUGCAUAAUAAUGCAGUCCACACUCAAAGGCAAUUACUAGAAUUUGUUUAGUUUUGGAGUAUAGGCUACACCAAUUAUAUACCAAAGACAUCUUAAAUCUACAGUGGGGGAAAAAAGUAUUUAGUCAGCCACCAAUUGUGCAAGUUCUCCCACUUAAAAAGAUGAGAGAGGCCUGUAAUUUUCAUCAUAGGUACACGUCAACUAUGACAGACAAAUUGAGAAAAUAAAAUCCAGAAAAUCACAUUGUAGGAUUUUUAAUGAAUUUAUUUGCAAAUUAUGGUGGAAAAUAAGUAUUUGGUCACCUACAAACAAGCAAGAUUUCUGGCUCUCACAGACCUGUAACUUCUUCUUUAAGAGGCUCCUCUGUCCUCCACUCGUUACCUGUAUUAAUGGCACCUGUUUGAACUUGUUAUCAGUAUAAAAGACACCUGUCCACAACCUCAAACAGUCACACUCCAAACUCAACUAUGGCCAAGACCAAAGAGCUGUCAAAGGACACCAGAAACAAAAUUGUAGACCUGCACCAGGCUGAGAAGACUGAAUCUGCAAUAGGUAUGUUUGGGGCAAAUCCAAUACAACACAUUACUGAGUACCACCCUCUAUAUUUUCAAGCGUAGUGGUGGCUGCAUCAUGUUAUGUGUAUGCUUGUAAUCGUUAAGGACUAGGGAGUUUUUUUUUAGGAUAAAAAUAAAUGGAAGGCAAAAUCCUAGGGGAAAAUCUGGUUCAGUCUGCUUUCCACCAGACACUGGGAGAUUAAUUCACCUUUCAGCAGGACAUUAACCUAAAAUACAAGGCCAAAUCAACACUGGAGUUGCUUACCAAGAAGACAGUGAAAGUUCCUGAGUGACCAAGUUACAGUUUUGACUUAAAUCUACUUGAAAAUCUAUGGCAAGACCUGAAAAUGAUUGUCUAGCAAUGACCAACAACCAAUUUGACAGAGCUUGAAGACUUUUUAAAAUAAUGGGCAAAUGUUGCACAAUCCAGGUGUGGAAAGCUCUUAGAGACUUACCCAGAAAGACUCACAGCUGUAAUCGCUGCCAAAGGUGCUUCUACAAAGUAUUGACUCAGGGGUGUGAAUACUUACGUAAAUUAUAUAUUUCUGUAUUUCAUUUUCAUUAAAUGUGCAAAAAUGUCUAAAAACAUGUUUUCACUUUGACAUUAUGGGGUAUUGUGUGUGUGUGUGUGUGUAGAUGUGUGUAGAUUUUUUAAAAUGUUUAAUCCAUUUUGAAUUCAGGCUGUAACACAACAAAAUGUGGAAUAAGUCAAGGGGUAUGAAUACUUUCUGAAGGCACUGUAUAGGCGUAUGCAUAAGCUCUAAAAUGUGUAUGAGUGAUCUACAUGCAACGUCUUAAAUGCUUUGAAUUAAUCAUCACCUUAGGAAGCGCUGUCCAUUUCGUUGUUAGGCUUUGAAACAACAUCCACAGUGACCAUGUUUUCCACUCAGUUUCAACCUGUUGUUGAACUUCUUUCUUCAAAUUGAUAAUCACAGUGAGGUCAAAAAAUGUAGCCUAACAGUGAAUUUUAAAAGCAUGAUACUGUUGAUAAGUGUUUUAAUAUGAUUUUCGAUUACAUUUGCAUUGAUGUCAGAGUGUUUAGAGGGACAAUAGAGCACUGAGUACCACGCACACACACCCUCUCUCUCAACUCUCAUCGCCAUCCUCUCUCUCUCUCUUCCGCUUUUCUCUCUCUUUCUCCAGGUUUAACUUUGGGAACCUGGGUUUCUGGUUCCCCUGGUCUGUGGUGUUGCUGGCCAUUGCUGCUGCCUUCUUCAGCUACAUCACUCUGCUGCUGGUGAGGGGUGUGUGUGUGUGUGUGUGUGUGUGUGUGUGUGUAUGUGUGUGUGUUUGUUUGUUUGUUUGUGGGGCUCCACUAGGGGGGUUGGAGGGUAUGCAGAAAUCAGUCACAGAUCAAUCUGGGGAUCCCCUCAGGGAUACAGUGGGGGAAAAAAGUAUUUAGUCAGCCACCAAUUGUGCAAGUUCUCCCACUUAAAAAGAUGAGAGAGGCCUGUAAUUUUCAUCAUAGGUACACGUCAACUAUGACAGACAAAUUGAGGAAAAAAAAUCCAGAAAAUCACAUUGUAGGAUUUUUUAUGAAUUUAUUUGCAAAUUAUGGUGGAAAAUAAGUAUUUGGUCACCUACAAACAAGCAAGAUUUCUGGCUCUCACAGACCUGUAACUUCUUCUUUAAGAGGCUCCUCUGUCCUCCACUCGUUACCUGUAUUAAUGGCACCUGUUUGAACUUGUUAUCAGUAUAAAAGACACCUGUCCACAACCUCAAACAGUCACACUCCAAACUCCACUAUGGCCAAGACCAAAGAGCUGUCAAAGGACACCAGAAACAAAAUUGUAGACCUGCACCAGGCUGGGAAGACUGAAUCUGCAAUAGGUAAGCAGCUUGGUUUGAAGAAAUCAACUGUGGGAGCAAUUAUUAGGAAAUGGAAGACAUACAAGACCACUGAUAAUCUCCCUCGAUCUGGGGCUCCACGCAAGAUCUCACCCCGUGGGGUCAAAAUGAUCACAAGAACGGUGAGCAAAAAUCCCAGAACCACACGGGGGGACCUAGUGAAUGACCUGCAGAGAGACGGGACCAAAGUAACAAAGCCUACCAUCAGUAACACACUACGCCGCCAGGGACUCAAAUCCUGCAGUGCCAGACGUGUCCCCCUGCUUAAGCCAGUACAUGUCCAGGCCCGUCUGAAGUUUGCUAGAGUGCAUUUGGAUGAUCCAGAAGAGGAUUGGGAGAAUGUCAGAUGAAACCAAAAUAGAACUUUUUGGUAAAAACUCAACUCGUCGUGUUUGGAGGACAAAGAAUGCUGAGUUGCAUCCAAAGAACACCAUACCUACUGUGAAGCAUGGGGGUGGAAACAUCAUGCUUUGGGGCUGUUUUUCUGCAAAGGGACCAGGACGACUGAUCCGUGUAAAGGAAAGAAUGAAUGGGGCCAUGUAUCGUGAGAUUUUGAGUGAAAACCUCCUUCCAUCAGCAAGGGCAUUGAAGAUGAAACGUGGCUGGGUCUUUCAGCAUGACAAUGAUCCCAAACACACCGCCCGGGCAACGAAGGAGUGGCUUCGUAAGAAGCAUUUCAAGGUCCUGGAGUGGCCUAGCCAGUCUCCAGAUCUCAACCCCAUAGAAAAUAUUUGGAGGGAGUUGAAAGUCUGUGUUGCCCAGCGACAGCCCCAAAACAUCACUGCUCUAGAGGAGAUCUGCAUGGAGGAAUGGGCCAAAAUACCAGCAACGGUGUGUGAAGACCUUGUGAAGACUUACAGAAAAUGUUUGACCUGUGUCAUUGCCAACAAAGGGUAUAUAACAAAGUAUUGAGAAACUUUUGUUAUUGACCAAAUACUUAUUUUCCACCAUAAUUUGCAAAUAAAUUCAUUAAAAAUCCUACAAUGUGAUUUUCUGGAUUUUCUUUUCUCAUUUUGUCUGUCAUAGUUGACGUGAACCUAUGAUGAAAAUUACAGGCCUCUCUCAUCUUUUUAAGUGGGAGAACUUGCACAAUUGGUGGCUGACUAAAUACUUUUUUUCCCCACUGUAUACUGUACUGAACCAGAGCUAUACUGUACUAUACUGAACCAGAGCUAUACUGUACUAUACUGAACCAGAGCUAUACUGUACUAGACUGAACCAGAGCUAUACUGUACUAGACUGUACCAGGGCUAUACUGUACUAGACUGUACCAGCGCUAUACUGUACUAGACUGUACCAGGGAUAUACUGUACCAGUGCUGUACUAUACUGUACCAGGGCUAUACUAUACUGUACCAGGGAUAUACUGUACUAUACUGUACUUAGCUCUCUGAUGAUCUGUCUGAUAUGAGGUGUGUGUGUGUGUGUUUUAAUUUGUAGCUGUUGGCUGUGUGUCUGCUGUCAGAGGGACAGAAGCUGUACCUACACUGGGGCCACAAGGUAACGUCCGUACGUCUUCCCCUGUCCAAUUUCAACUUCCUCUGCCUACUUCUCUAUCUCCUCGUGUGUCCUAUCCGCCUCCCUGUCUCUCCUAGACAUCCUCUUUGCUCUUAUAUGCGUUAUAAUCAUCCCAUCCAUUUUUCCAUGUCUAGAUUAAAUUAAUAACUUUAGCAAGACGAAAUUGCUGAUUGCCUGGUAGAAGAAAAGACUGAAGAAAUGCUGAAUGCUGCAGAUUUAUGGAUAGAUCCUGAAAAAAUUAAGUGAAAAUUAAUUGUGCUCAGUGCAACAUUAAGUGCUCAUUAGUGUGAAAUGGGUAAGGUGCCAAUGGUUGUCUGUUGUCCUAACUGUACUGCUUCUCCGGAUGUGUUGCCAGAUUGGGGUCCUGGUGAGUCUAGCCUUCUCCAUUCUGGCCACAGCAGUGCUGUCUGACCUAUGGAGCAAAGAGUGGACCACUCUUCUCCUCUCUUUCCAGGUGGGGCUUCCCUUCUUUCCUUCUUUCUUCUAUAAAGUCAUCCCUCUCUCUUUAUUCUCUGUCAUUACCUCACCUCCUGCAAUUUGUUUUUAAUAGGUGACAGCGCCAUAUUUACACGUGGGAGGAGUCUUGCUGAUGACACUCCUGUCCUGGCCAAUAGCCUUGCAUUUUUUCCACAUCAAUAGGAAAGGUGAGACGUGAUUGAGUAGGUGGGGCUUGUUUGAGCAGCUCUAUAUAUAAUAUGCUAAUUACAGAGUAGAAUAAGGCAAAUACUGACGUCAAAACUAGGGCAAGGAAGGAAACUUCACAGAGGUUUUCUAUUUCAACAAUGAACAUAUCUGAACAAUGAACAUAGGGCGGCGCACAAUUGGCCCAGCGUCGUCCGGGUUUGGCCGGUGUAGGCCGUCAUUGUAAAUAAGAAUUUGUUCUUAACUGACUUGCCAAGUUAAAUAAAGGUAAAAUAAAAAAAUAAAAAAUGUGUGAAACUUCAGGGAGGUUUUCUAUCUCAAUAGUGACGUCUCUGCAUAUAGUCAAGAAUACAUCUGUAGAUAUUCAUGUUUUUUUCUGUUUAAUUAGAAUUAUUUGUUUUACUUAACAUUUAUAUUCUGGUGUAAUUUCUUUAGUCUUGAGGAAAUUCCCAGCAGAUUCCAUAUAUCAACCACAAAUAAAUAACUGUAUCCCUUAGUAAACUGUGUGUCUGUGUGUUCCAGUUGGGCGGGCGCUCAUCAUGGGGCUGUACCUGGCGGUGCUGUGUGCCCUCUACCUGGUUCCCCUGGGCAUAUACUCGCCCUGCCUUAAAGAAGAGGGCACUCUGGGCCCCGCACCAGCCCUCAUCGGGCACAGAGGGGCACCCAUGGUGGGUAGGCCUCAUCAGCAACGCCAUUAAUGCCAACCCAUUCUUAUCCUUAGCUACAAACCCAUUCUCAUCAACACUAACCCAUUCUCUCUCAACUCUUUUCAAUACUGACUGCAGGUAGCCUAGUGGUUAGAGUGUUGGUCCAGUAACCGAAAGGUCGCUGGUUUGAAUACCCAAACCGACAAGGUGAAAAAUGUGACGAUUUGCACUUGAGCAAGGCCGUACUACUAAGGCUAACCCUGUAAACAACAUGUGACAUUGUAGUAGUAGUAGAAGAAGUGUGGUAGUUUGAUAAUUUAUUACCGUUGCCAGUAUUAGUAAAACGUUUUGGGCUGUGUUAUUAGCUAUCGUGAGAUGCGCUAGUUUGCUGAACUGAUGUUUGUAUUUAUAAUCUGUACCAGUAGUACCUCUGUUUAGGGUAACUGUAUGUUCAAAUCAUUUGUAUGUGUGUUAUACCCCAGCUUGCGCCAGAGAACACUCUCAUGUCCUUUGAGAAGGCGGUGGAGGCUGGAGGGCAAGGUCUAGAGACUGACGUCACCAUCAGGUCAGUGGUGGUUGUACACCCUCCUCACACCUGAAUGCUCCGUGUCCAUCUAGUUUGGGGAUAAUCGCCUUUUUCUUGAGCGGAUGGCCAGGGGCUGGAACAUACAGUGCCUUCAGAAAGUAUUCACACCCUUUUGACUUUUUUCACAUUUGGUUGUAUGACAGCCUGAAUUUAAAAUGGAUUAAAUUGAGAUUUUGUGUCACUAGCCUACACACUAGCCCAUAAUGUCAAAGUGGAACUAUGUUAGUUAAAAAUGAAAAGCAUAAAUGCCUCGAGUCGAUAAGUAUUCAACCCUUUUGUUACGGUAAGCUUAUAUAAGUUCAGGAGUAAAACAUUUGCUUAACAAGUCACAUAAUAAAUUGAAUCGACUCACUUUGUGUGCAACAAUAGUGUUUAACGUGAUUUUUGAAUCACAAUGAGGCAAAUUGUGACUUUAAAACAGUUACAUAGUUUAAUGGCUGUAAUAGGAGAAAACUGAGGAUGGAUCAACAACAUUGUAGUUACUCCACAAUACUAACCUAAAUGACAGAGUGAAAAGCAGAACGCCUGUACAGAAUAAAAGUAUUCCAAAAUAUGCAUCCUGUUUGCAAUAAGGCACUAAAGUAAUACUGAAAAUAAUGUGGUAAAGAAAUAAACUAUGUCCUGAAUACAAAGCAUUAUGUUUGGGGCAAAUCCAACACAAAACAUUACUGAGUAUCACUCUUCAUAUUUUCAAGCAUGGUGGUGGCUGCAUCAUGUUUUGAGUAUGCUUGUCAUCGGCAAGGAGUAGGGAGUCUUUUUGGAUGAAAAGAAAAGGAAUAGAGCACAGGCAAAGUCCUAGAGGAAAACCUGGUUCAGUCUGCUUUCCAACAGACACUGGGAGACAAAUUCACCUUUCAGCAGGACAAUAACCUAAAACACAAGGCCAAAUAUACACUGGAGUUGUUUACCAUGAUGACAGUUUUGACUUAAAUCGGUUUGAAAAUCUAUGGCAAGACCUAAAAAUGUCUGUCUUGCAAUGAUCAAGGGGGUUGAAUACUUACGUAAUCAAUAUAUAUUAUUGUUUUAUUUUUAUAUUUAUUUUUACAAAUGUUACUGUUUCUUCUACUUUGACAUUACAGAGUAUUUUGUGUAGAUCGUUGACAAAAAAUGACAAUUUAAAUACAUUUGAAUCCCACCUUGUGUGAAUACUUUCUAAAGGAGCUGUAAUUACAAAUAAUUUGUAGACUACAAAUUGACCACAAGAAGCCCAAACAGAUAUAAUAUUUGACUAAAACAUAACCAUUUCAAACCUUGCUUGCAUUUGUAUAUGGUCACAUAUCUCUCUAUUAUGCAUGGGAAUACUUUGGAGCAGAUUUCUUUAAUUAAAAUCACUUGGAGCUGAUUUGCUGGUGUAUUUACAGUCUUUUACGUCCAAAAAAGAAGUUGCCUAUAUACACUACCGUUCAAAGUUUGGGGUCACUUAGAAAUGUCCUUGUUUUCAAAAGAAAAGCAAUUUUUUUGUCCAUUAAAAUAACAUCAAAUUGAUCAGAAAUACAGUGUAGACAUUGUUAAUGUUGUAAAUGGCUAUUGUAGCUGGAAACCGCUGAUUUUUUAAAUGGAAUAUCUACAUAGGCAUACAGAGGCCCAUUAUCAGCAACCAUCAGUCCUGUGUUCCAAUGGCACGUUGUGUUUGCUAAUCCAAGUUUAUCAUUUUAAAAGGCUAAUUGAUCAUUAGAAAACCCUUUUGCAAAUAUGUUAGCACAGCUGAAAACUGUUGUGGUGAUUAAAGAAGCAAUAAAACUGGCCUUCUUGAGUCUAGUUGAGUAUCUGGAGCAUCAGCAAUUGUGGGUUUGAUUACAGGCUCAAAAUGGCCAUAAACAAAACACUUUCUUCUGAAACUCGUCAGUCUAUUCUUGUUCUGAGAAAUGAAGGCUAAUCCAUGCGAGAAAUUGCCAAGAAACUGAAGAUCUCGUACAGCGCUGUGUACUACUCCCUUCUGGUUAGAGCCAGUUUGCGCUGUUCUGUGAAGGGAGUAGUACACAGCGUUGUACGAGAUCUUCAGUUUCUUGGCAAUUUCUCGCAUGGAAUAGCCUUCAUUUCUCAGAACAAGAAUAGACUGACGAGUUUCAGAAGAAAGUUUUUUGUUUCUGGCCAUUUUGAGCCUGUAAUCAAACCUACAAUUGCUGAUGCUCCAGAUACUCAACUAGUCUCAAGAAGGCCAGUUUUAAGCUGUGCUAACAUAAUUGCAAAAGGGUUUUCUAAUGAUCAAUUAGCCUUUUAAAAUGAUAAACUUGGAUUAGCAAACACAACGUGCCAUUGGAACACAGGACUGAUGGUUGCUGAUAAUGGGCCUCUGUACGCCUACGUAGAUAUUCCAUUGAAAAUCAGCCGUUUCCAGCUACAAUAGCCAUUUACAACAUUAACAAUGUCUACACUGUAUUUCUGAUCAAUUUGCUGUUAUUUUAAUGGACAAAAAAAUUGCUUUUCUUUCGAAAACAAGGACAUUUCUAAGUGACCCCAAACUUUUGGUAGUAUAUAUAUAUAUAUAUAUAUAUAUAUAUUAUGGGGGAAAAAAGUAUUUAGUCAGCCACCAAUUGUGCAAGUUCUCCCACUUAAAAAGAUGAUAGAGGCCUGUAAUUUUCAUCAUAGGUACACGUCAACUAUGACAGACAAAAUGAGAGAAAAAAAUCCAGAAAAUCACAUUGUAGGAUUUUUAAUGAAUUUAUUUGCAAAUUAUGGUGGAAAAUAAGUAUUUGGUCAAUAACAAAAGUUUCUCAAUACUUUGUUAUAUACCCUUUGUUGGCAAUGACACAGGUCAAACGUUUUCUGUAAGUCUUCACAAGGUUUUCACACACUGUUGCUGGUAUUUUGGCCCAUUCCUCCAUGCAGAUCUCCUCUAGAGCAGUGAUGUUUUGGGGCUGUCGCUGGGCAACACGGACUUUCAACUCCCUCCAAAGAUUUUCUAUGGGGUUGAGAUCUGGAGACUGGCUAGGCCACUCCAGGACUUUGAAAUGCUUCUUACGAAGCCACUCCUUCGUUGCCCGGGCGGUGUGUUUGGGAUCAUUGUCAUGCUGAAAGACCCAGCCACGUUUGAUCUUCAAUGCCCUUGCUGAUGGAAGGAGGUUUUCACUCAAAAUCUCACGAUACAUGGCCCCAUUCAUUCUUUACUUUACACGGAUCAGUCGUCCUGGUCCCUUUACAGAAAAACAGCUCCAAAGCAUGAUGUUUCCACCUCCAUGCUUCACAGUAGGUAUGGUGUUCUUUGGAUGCAACUCAGCAUUCUUUGUCCUCCAAACACGACGAGUUGAGUUUUUACCAAAAAGUUAUAUUUUGGUUUCAUCUGACCAUAUGACAUUCUCCCAAUCCUCUUCUGGAUCAUCCAAAUGCACUCUAGCAAAUUUCAGAUAGGCCUGGACAUGUACUGGCUUAAGCAGGAGGACACGUCUGGUACUGCAGGAUUUGAGUCCCUGGCGGCGUAGUGUGUUACUGAUGGUAGGCUUUGUUACUUUGGUCUCAGCUCUCUGCAGGUCAUUCACUAGGUCCCCCCGUGUGGUUCUGGGAUUUUUGCUCACCAUUCUUGUGAUCAUUUUGACCCCACGGGGUGAGAUCUUGCGUGGAGCCCCAGAUCGAGGGAGAUUAUCAGUGGUCUUGUAUGUCUUCCAUUUCCUAAUAAUUGCUCCCACAGUUGAUUUCUUCAAACCAAGCUGCUUAUCUAUUGCAGAUUCAGUCUUCCCAGCCUGGUGCAGGUCUACAAUUUUGUUUCUGGUGUCCUUUGACAGCUCUUUGGUCUUGGCCAUAGUGGAGUUUGGAGUGUGACUGUUUGAGGUUGUGGACAGGUGUCUUUUAUACUGAUAACAAGUUCAAACAGGUGCCAUUAAUACAGGUAACGAGUGGAGGACAGAGGAGCCUCUUAAAGAAGAAGUUACAGGUCUAUGAGAGCCAGAAAUCUUGCUUGUUUGUAGGUGACCAAAUACUUAUUUUCCACCAUAAUUUGCAAAUAAAUAAAUAAAAAAUCCUACAAUGUGAUUUUCUGGAUUUUUUUUCUUCUCAAUUUGUCUGUCAUAGUUGACGUGUACCUAUGAUGAAAAUUACAGGCCUCUCAUCUUUUUAAGUGGGAGAACUUGCACAAUUGGUGGCUGACUAAAUACUUUUUUUCCCCACUGUACGUACGUACAUACAUACAUACAAAUACAGUCAAAAGUUUGGACACCUACUCAUUCAAGGGUUUUUCUUUAUUUGUACUAUUUUCUACAUUGUAGAAUAAUAGUGAAGACAUCAAAACUAUGAAAUAACACAUAUGGAAUCAUGUAGUAACCCAAAAAGUGUUAAACAAAUCAAAAUACGUUUUUGAUUUUAGAUUCUUCAAAGUAGACACCCUUUGCCUUGAUGACAGCUUUGCACACUCUUGGUAUUCUCUCAAUCAGCUUCAUGAGGUAGUCAUGAGCUAGUGCCUUCGGAAAGUAGUCAGACCCAUUUACUUUUUCCACAUUUUGUUACAUUACAGCCUUAUUCUAAAAUUGAUUACAUCGUUUUUUUCACUCAUCAAUCUACACACAAUACCCCAUAAUGACAAAGCAAAAAUAGUUUUUUUUGAAAAUAUUACUUAUAAAAAAAUGAACUGAAAUAUCACAUUUACAUAAGUUCUCAGACCCUUUACUCAGUACUUUGUUGAAGCACCUUUGGCAGCGAUUACAGCAUCGAGUCUUCUUGGGUAUGACGCUACAAGCUUAGCACACCUGUCUUUGGGGAGUUUCUUCCAUUCCUCUCUGUAGAUCCUCUGAAGCUCUGUCAGGUUGGAUGGGGAGCGUUGCUGCACAGCUAUUUUCAGGUCUCUCCAGAGCUGUUCGAUUGGGUUCAAGUCCAGGCUCUGGCUGGGCCACUCAAGGACAUUCAGAGCCUUGUCCCGAAGCCACUCCUGCGUUGCUUUGCUUUGUGCUUAGAGUGUUGUCCUGUUGGAAGGUGAACCUUCGCCCCAGUCUGAGGUCCUGAGCUCUCUAGAGCAGGUUUUCAUCAAGGAUCUCUCUGUACUUUGCUCCGUUCAUCUUUGCCGCUGAAAUACAUCCCCACAGCAUGAUGCUGCCACCACCAUGCUUCACCAUAGGGAUGGUGCCAGGUUUCCUCCAGACGUGACGCUUGGCAUUGAGGGCAAAGAGUUCAAUCUUGGUUUCAUCAGACCAGAUAAUCUUGUUUCUCAUGGUCUGCGAGUCUUUAGGUGCCUUUUGGCAAACUCCAAACGGGCUGUCAUGUGCUUUUUACUGAAGAGUGGCUUCUGUCUGGCCACUCUACCAUAAAGUCCUGAUUGGUGGAGUGCUGCAGAGAUCGUUGUCCUUCUGGAAGGUUCUCCCAUCUCCACAGAGGAACUCUAGAGAUCUGUCAAAGUGACCAUCGGGUUCUUGGUCACCUCCCUGACCAAGUCCCCUCUCCCCCAGUUGCUCAGUUUGGCCGGGUGGCCAGCUCUAGGAAGAGUCUUGGUGGUUCCACUGUGUUCUUGGGGACCUUCAAUGAUGCAGAAUUUUUUGGGUACCCUUCCCCAGAUCUGUGCCUCGACACAAUCCUGUCUCAGAGCUCUACGGACAAUUCCUUCGACUCCAUGGCCUGGUUUUUGUUCUGACAUGCACUGCCAACUUUGGGACCUUUAUAUAGACAGGUGUGUUUCUUUCCAAAUAAUGUCCAAUGAAUUGAAUUUACCACAGCUGGACUCCAAUCAAGUUGUAGAAACAUCUCAAGGAUGAUCAAUGGAAACAGGAUGCACCUGAGCUCAAUCUCGAGUCUCAUAGCAAAGGGUCUGAAUACUUAUGUAAAUAAGGUAUUUCAGUUUAUUUUUAUUUUUAAAACAUUUGCAAAAAUGCUGAAAAAACAGUUUUUGCUUUGUCAUUAUGGGGUAUUGUGUGUAGAUUGCUGAGGAUUUUUAUUUAUUUAAUCAAUCAUAGAAAAGGGCUGUAACGUAACAAAUUGUGGAAAAAGUCAAGGGGUCUGAAUACUUUCCGAAGGCACUGUAUAUAUAUUGCUCAGAGAACUUUGGGGGCUAAGUAAAUAAAUAAAUGAUGAAGUACCUGGCUCUCUUUAUUGUGAGUCAUCUUAAUGCACUUCCGUCAACUCCUUAACUGUCAACUCCGUAACCGUCAAGUCCGUAACUGCCAUAGCCUUCUCUCGUUGCAAUAGCUAUGACGGGGUGCCCUUCCUAAUGCACGACCACACCCUGAGGAGGACCACCAACGUGCAAGAGGUGUUCCCCAACCGGACGGAUGCCCCUGCGGCGAUGUUCACCUGGGGGGAGCUGGAGACCCUCAACGCCGGGGCCUGGUUCCUCCAUGUGAGUCACCAACCGCCACCGCACUAUAGUGCCUCAGGAAGAGUUGGGGGGGGGGGGGGGGGCUAAAGGGACACGUAAAAUAAGCCAAGUCUUGAACUGCUUUUUUAAUAAAGAUCAUGAUCAUUUAGCUUCAUGGACAUGGUAUGAUGGGAAACCAGGGCAUGUUUGUGUCCAAUGGCAGUAGCUAGGACAACAUAAUAAGAUGAUGGUUGGGGUAGUUAUUGUAUCGAUGGGGGGUGGGAGGUUAUCAAUUGCACAACCACCUGCUUUAUUGAAUACAAUGUGAUAUUACAUUGUCAAUAUGAUUUGUCAUUAUGCCAAAGCAUUCCGUAUACUGACUGUCUCUCUGCCCCUGGUGGUUCUGCAGCGUGACCCCUUUGGCACGGCUUGGUCUCUGGGCAACAAGGACCGGGCGCAGGCGCAGAACCAGUCCAUUUGCACCUUCAGGGAGUUUCUGGAGCUGGCUUCCCAGAGGGGCAAACAGGUGAUCUUUGACCUCUACCGGCCCCCUCAGGGACACCCCUACAGGGACACCUGGAUCACACGCACCCUGGAGGUCAUCCAGAACGAGUCUUCCAUCCACUCACACCAGGUGAGGGCGCUGUGGGGGGGAUGUUAUAACGUUUUACAUUUUAGUUAUUUAGCAGACGCUCUUAUCCAGAGCGAUUUAGAGGAGCAAUUAGGGUUAAGUGUCUUGCUCAAGGGCACAUCAACAGAUUUUUCACCUAGUUAGCUCUGGGAUUUGAACCAGCAACCUUUUGGUUACUGGCCCAAUGCUAUUAAGCUCUUAACUGCUAGGUUACCUGCAGCCCUGAUGUGGGUCCUCACUGACGUGGUGUCCUUCAUCUUCAUCCUCAUAAAUAGGAGUAGGGUGAAGCUGCCCCUAGACACUGAUCUUGGGUCAGUUUUGCAUUUUCUCUACUAAUGGUUAAGGUUAGGCUUGGGGGAGGGGAAGCUGAUCCUAGAUCUGCACCUAGGGGAAACGUCCCCCCCGGAGCUUGUACAGAUUAUCCAUAGAGUUAAAACAAAAACGGUAUAUACAGUGUGGAGAACAAGUAUUUGAUACUCUGCUGAUUUUGCAGGUUUUCCUACUUACAAAGCAUGUAGAGGUCUGUAAUUUUUAUCAUAGGUACAAUUCAACUGUGAGAGAUGGAAUCUAAAAUCCAGAAAAUCACAUUGUAUGAUUUUUAAGUAAUUAAUUUGCAUUUUAUUGCAUGACAUAAGUAUUUGAUCACCUACCAACAAGUAAGAAUUCCGGCUCUCGCAGACCUGUUAGUUUUUCUUUAAGAAGCCCUCCUGUUCUCCACUCAUUACCUGUAUUAACUGCACCUGUUUGAGCUCGUUAUCUGUAUAAAAGACACCUGUCCACACACUCAAUCAAACAGACUCCAACCUCUCCACAAUGGCCAAGACCAGAGAGCUGUGUAAGGACAUCAGGGAUAAAAUUGUAGACCUGCACAAGGCUGGGAUGGGCUACAGGACAAUAGGCAAGCAGCUUGGUGAGAAGGCAACAACUGUUGGCGCAAAUAUUAGAAAAUGGAAGAAGUUCAAGAUGACGGUCAACCACCCUCGGUCUGGGGCUCCAUGCAAGAUCUCACCUCGUGGGGCAUCAAUGAUCAUGACGAAGGUGAGGGAUCAGCCCAGAACUACACGGCAGGACCUGGUCAAUGACCUGAAGAGAGCUGGGACCACAGUCUCAAAGAAAACCAUUAGUAACACACUACACCGUCAUGGAUUAAAAUCCUGCAGCGCACGCAAGGUCCCCCUGCUCAAGCCAGCGCAUGUCCAGGCCCGUCUGAAGUUUGCCAAUGACCAUCCGGAUGAUCCAGAGGAGGAAUGGGAGAAGGUCAUGUGGUCUGAUGAGACAAAAAUAGAGCUUUUUGGUCUAAACUCCACUCGCCGUGUUUGGAGGAAGAAGAAGGAUGAGUACAACCCCAAGAACACCAUCCCAACCGUGAAGCAUGGAGGUGGAAACAUCAUUCUUUGGGGAUGCUUUUCUGCAAAGGGGACAGGACGACUGCACCGUAUUGAGGGGAGGAUGGAUGGGACCAUGUAUCGCGAGAUCUUGGCCAACAACCUCCUUCCCUCAGUAAGAGCAUUGAAGAUGGGUGGUGGCUGGGUCUUCCAGCAUGACAACGACCCGAAACACACAGCCAGGGCAACUAAGGAGUGGCUCCGUAAGAAGCAUCUCAAGGUCCUGGAGUGGCCUAGCCAGUCUCCAGACCUGAACCCAAUAGAAAAUCUUUGGAGGGAGCUGAAAGUCCGUAUUGCCCAGCGACAGCCCCGAAACCUGAAGGAUCUGGAGAAGGCCUGUAUGGAGGAGUGGGCCAAAAUCCAUGCUGCAGUGUGUGCAAACCUGGUCAAGACCUAUAGGAAACGUAUGAUCUCUGUAAUUGCAAACAAAGGUUUCUGUACCAAAUAUUAAGUUCUGCUUUUCUGAUGUAUCAAAUACUUAUGUCAUGCAAUAAAAUGCAAAUUAAUUACUUAAAAAUCAUACAAUGUGAUUUUUGUUUUAGAUUCUGUCUCUCACAGUUGAAGUGUACCUAUGAUAAAAAAUUACAGACCUCUACAUGCUUUGUAAGUAGGAAAAUCUGCAAAAUUGGCAGUGCAUCAAAUACUUGUUCUCCCCACUGUAUCUCUAUGGGAUUAUCUAUCCUAUAUGUCAUAGGUUCAGUUUUUAUUUUUUGGACUUGGGAAUGAAGCUGUUUAUGGGAUAUUGUGAUUGCAUUGGUAAUACUGUACAUACAAAAGGUUGUAAUGCUGAGGUUAGUGUUUAGGGUUAAUGGGUGUAUUGUGUGUGUGUGUCAGGUGUUGUGGCUGCCCCCAGACCUGCGUAGCCUGGUCCAGCAGAUGGACCCUGACCUCCAGCAUACCUUGGGGUCCCGGGCUCCAGUUGAGGAGCUGCAGCAGAAUCACAUCGUCCAACUCAACCUGCACUAUAGCUCCAUGUCCACAGAGAUGAUAAGGUGUGUGGUUGUGUGUAAGUGUGUGUCUUUGCAUUAAAUGUGUGUGUGUAUUUGCGUGUUAACUGGCUGUAGGUGUGUCAAUUGGCUGUGUGUGUGUUCAUUAACUGGUUGUCUGUGUCUGUCUGUCUGAGUUUUAUUCCUCCCUCAGUGAGUAUGCGGCGGCCAACAUCAGCAUCAAUCUGUAUGUUAUCAGCCAGUCGUGGCUCUACUCUCUUGCCUGGUGCUCUGCGGCUCAGUCUGUCACCACCAAUGCUCUACAGCUCCUCAACAAUCUCAGCAGACCCCUCUUCCUUAUGGUGAGAAUAACCUCACCAGACCCCUCUUCCUUAUGGUGAGAUCAACCUCACCAGACCCCUCUUCCUUAUGGUGAGAACAACCUCACCAGACCCCUCUUCCUUAUGGUGAGAACAACCUCACCAGACCCCUCUUCCUUAUGGUGAGAACAACAACCUAGGACCAAUACUACUUCAUCCCAAUAAUCUUUCCUUCCUCUGGAAGUGUGCACUAGUUCACUACUCUCCACAAAUGUAAAAGCAUUGGCUUGAUGUUUGCAUGAGCUACAGGGAGUUUCCACAAUACUGGCAUUUCUUUUUCCAGUCAUUUUCUUUUAAAUCCAUGAAGGGAAGUGAACAAGUGCACACUUUGGGAGAAAUAACCGAUUAUUGCGACGCCGAAAUUGAUUGGAUUGGUGAAAGUAAUACUCCUAGACACAAUGGUUGUCUGUCUUUCUCUAUCAGACUCCAGAUGAGUACAAUCUGAUGUGGGUCCUUACCGAUGUGGUGUCCUUCACCCUCAUCUUCAUCAUCUUCAUCUUCCACUGGUGAGUGAGCCCACUAGAAUGCAGUGCGAGGGUCGUCGUAAGGUGCAUUUUGAUAUGUCUACGUAAAAAACUUUGAUUAUGUGAGUCAAAUUGAAGCUUCGGAUGAACGUCGGUCUGUUUUGUAUUUAAUGGUGAUGUCACUUCCUGUGGUGUCACUUCCUGUAGCGAUGACUGUUACUGUGUCGAUGACAGGUGGCGAGAACAAAGCCUGGCUUUCUGUUUGGGCAGCAAACCCACACUAGAACAUGGAACCUACAGCAAGUUCAGGACAGGUGAGUUAGAAGUUGUCUGUAGGAGUUACCCUGUUUCUUCCCCAUGGCCAGCUUUGAUAACAUGAUACAUGCACGCACACCCACACCCUAUAUAGGCUUAAAACAGAGAUUGGUUUAAAUGAAAAAGAGAAUGUAUUACAUUUGAUGAGUCAUUAUGACAUAUAUACAGUAGGGAAAAAAAGUAUUUAGUCAGCCACCAAUUGUGCAAGUUCUCCAACUUAAAAAGAUGAGAGAGGCCUGUAAUUUUUAUCAUAGGUACACGUCAACUAUGACAGACAAAAUGAGAAAAGAAAUCCAGAAAAUCACAUUGUAGGAUUUUAAUGAAUUUAUUUGCAAAUUAUGGUGGAAAAUAAGUAUUUGGUCAAUAACAAAAGUUUCUCAAUACUUUGUUAUAUACCCUUUGUUGGCAAUGACACAGGUCAAACGUUUUCUGUAAGUCUUCACAAGGUUUUCACACACUGUUGCUGGUAUUUUGGCCCAUUCCUCCAUGCAGAUCUCCUCUAGAGCAGUGAUGUUUUGGGGCUGUCGCUGGGCAACACGGACUUUCAACUCCCUCCAAAGAUUUUCUAUGGGGUUGAGAUCUGGAGACUGGCUAGGCCACUCCAGGACCUUGAAAUGCUUCUUACGAAGCCACUCCUUCGUUGCCCGGGCGGUGUGUUUGGGAUCAUUGUCAUGCUGAAAGACCCAGCCACGUUUAAUCUUUAAUGCCCUUGCUGAUGGAAGGAGGUUUUCACUCAAAAUCUCACGAUACAUGGCCCCAUUCAUUCUUUCCUUUACACGGAUCAGUCUUCCUGGUCCCUUUGCAGAAAAACAGCCCCAAAGCAUGAUGUUUCCACCCCCAUGCUUCACAGUAGGUAUGGUGUUCUUUGGAUGCAACUCAGCAUUCUUUGUCCUCCAAACACGACGAGUUGAGUUUUUACCAAAAAGUUAUAUUUUGGUUUCAUCUGACCACAUUCUCCCAAUCCUCUUCUGGAUCAUCCAAAUGCACUCUAGCAAACUUCAGACGGGCCUGGACAUGUACUGGCUUAAGCAGGGGGACAUGUCUUGCACUGCAGGAUUUGAGUCCCUGGCGGCGUAGUGUGUUACUGAUGGUAGGCUUUGUUACUUUGGUCCCAGCUCUCUGCAGGUCAUUCACUAGGUCCCCCCGUGUGGUUCUGGGAUUUUUGCUCACCGUUCUUGUGAUCAUUUUGACCCCACGGGGUGAGAUCUUGCGUGGAGCCCCAGAUCGAGGGAGAUUAUCAGUGGUCUUGUAUGUCUUCCAUUUCCUAAUAAUUGCUCCCACAGUUGAUUUCUUCAAACCAAGCUGCUUACCUAUUGCAGAUUCAGUCUUCCCAGCCUGGUGCAGGUCUACAAUUGUGUUUCUGGUGUCCUUUGACAGCUCUUUGGUCUUGGCCAUAGUGGAGUUUGGAGUGUGACUGUUUGAGGUUGUGGACAGGUGUCUUUUAUAUUGAUAACAAGUUCAAACAGGUGCCAUUAAUACAGGUAACGAGUGGAGGACAGAGGAGCCUCUUAAAGAAGAAGUUACAGGUCUGUGAGAGCCAGAAAUCUUGCUUGUUUGUAGGUGACCAAAUACUUAUUUUCCACCAUAAUUUGCAAAUAAAUUCAUUAAAAAUCCUACAAUGUGAUUUUAGGAUUUUUUUUUCCUCAAUUUGUCUGUCAUAGUUGACGUGUACCUAUGAUGAAAAUUACAGGCCUCUCUCAUCUUUUUAAGUGGGAGAACUUGCACAAUUGGUGGCUGACUGAAUACUUUUUUUCCCCACUGUAUAUAUUAAUGAUAAUUACCUUUGUCAACCACUAACCCCUGACCGAUAACCUCUGACCUCACCCCCCUGACAGAGAUGAGUGAUGUGUGGUCCGUCUCCAGUGCCAACAUCCUGGGAGAGCCCGCUCAAAGCCCGCUGGCCACUGAGUCCAACUUGGCAACCGUCUCAGAGCACUGAUAACCAAUUAACCAACCAACCUCCCCUGUUAGGCUCAGUUGAAACAAACCACUCCUCACUCUCCCCCUCAACCUGGCAACUUCCCGGACCCCAAACUGGCAACUCACCAGGAUCGACCCAACCUGGAAAUCCGGGACCCUACUGGAACCGUGAGUCCAACCUGGCAACCCAGAGACCAACCUGGCAACCCCCUGUAGAUUUUGGUGAGAGAAUGAGACACAAAGAGAAUGCGAAAUAGUUCAAUGAUAUGAGUGAGGCCUAUCUGAGCUGUAAGUGGUGCUGAUGUGUUUCUUGCAGAAGGUAUUUCAUUGGAUAGAAAUUAAUCCGUAAAUCAAAUGUGACUGAAGAACAGCCCAGACAACCUCAAGGACCAUAACCAACUCAUCGUUCAUACUACAGACACCAUCUGGUGGUGAGAAGAAAUUACUACACUAUUGAACCAGGUCCAUUGAGAUUGAUUACUUACUCACUGCAUUAAUAGAAGAAGAAAAGUGACCAUCUGCUGUAGAUAUUCUCAACUUGUAUUACCCUCCAUUGUCCAUAGGUUCCAUUCCAUUUCAGAAGUUCAGUGUUGAGUUACGUGAACCACAAAUGCUUGACCAUUUUGUUAGUGUGUGAGAGUAUGGUGGAUAAGAUGUGUGAAUAUGACCAGACCGGGGUUCAAUUAGUAUGUGUUUGUUUUCUUUUGAAAUACUUUAGCUGUGCUUGAUUGCCCUUUCCUGGCAUAAGGGAACCAAUGAAGUAGUCCCAAAAGUGCACUCCGCCCAUCUGGGAUCUGGCACUCCAAUCAAACAGUCUCAAGCCUCAUUUACAGUGAGGGAAAAAAGUAUUU